ACAUUUCCAUUGGCAUAAUUGCGCGGGUUUUUAGUCUCAAACUGUAUUAAAUUGUUUUGUUUACUAAUUUAUUAACUAGUUGUUUGCGAAGUUAGGCGCUGGCAGUUGCAUGAACCGCAGGUCGUCAUGUCCAAGAAGCCCGUAGCGCCCAGAAAACAGCUCACACUCAGCAGCUUCAUUGGCCUAGAUAGUAAUUCCCAGAGUCAGCCAAAGAGCAAAGUGACAAAUGUCAGGGGCAACACUACUAUCUACAAUCCCAUCUUUCUGGACUCCUCGUCCUCCGAUGAGGAUUCAACUCAGAGGUCUAGUCAGUCCAGCAAGGAUACUGUCUCCUCCAAGAAAUCCAGCCAACCCAGCAAGUCGUUGAAAAAGACCACAUAUGUCGACCUUUCCGAAUCGCCAUUUGCUCCACUUCCUGCCAAGAAACCUUACGAGGAUUCGCCUGACAAGCCGACAAAGAGUGAGAGCAGUCAUUCCUACCGGGGCUUGUCUGAAUCUCCUCCAGAAAACACCUCAUUUGGGUAUUACUUAAAGAAACAGCCACAGAAUGAAAAGAAAAAAGCACCCUUUUCACUAUCUGAUUCACCAACAGCUGCAAAGCCUGUGAUAAAAUCGGAGCUAAAUCUGUUUGCGGAUUCUCCAAAGAAACUAUCCCAGAAUGAGAGGAAGCCCACGGACUCACCUCUUCAGAAGUAUUCCUUUGAGGACUCGCCAAUCAAUGAGAAUGGAGGGAGGCACCCAUUACUUACGCUGCCUGAUUCACCGCCACCUCCACAGGCUGCUAAGAAAUCGGAAAAAGCAUGCCCAAAGAAACCUCCAGAAAGAAAGCCUUCCCUAGAUAGAAUAAUUAUUGAGGAUUCUCCUAAGAAGGCUGAUAGAAAGCCCGCCCUUUCUACUUUCCUCGAAUCACCGCGAGCUUUAAGUUCCUACAAAAACACAGGCAGUAGUAAAAAUCUCUUCGAGGAUUCUCCUGAAAAAAGUGGCAGUGGGCCAUCAGGGUACAAACUAGGUUCGGCUAAAGAAAAUGCCAUUCCAACUAAACCUACGACUGUAGCCAUGGAGAGGAACAUCCUCAACCCCUCUCCACCUCCGGUGGCGCCCCUGAAGCCCCGACUCAGUGUGACUUUUGACAAUUCUCUGGCUGAUUACCUUAAGGACUUGGCCCAGAACGACAAUUUCAGCAUCGAUCCCACCAAACAAAGCGUUGAGGCGCAGAAGAGUUCCCUUGGAUUUUUUCGUACCACUUACAUCGAGCUAAUGGAAAAGUAUUGUUCCCUGAUUGAUCAGAUUCCUGCCAUGCACUUCAACGAAAUCGCUGGCUUUCAGCCGAACACUUUCCUCAAGCUCAAGGUAAUGCGACAAAAGUUUAAGGCACGGACGCAGCUACUCCAGAAACAUCUGGAUAAGAAUGAAAGCAAGCUAAAGGCCGAGCAAGAAGCCCUGGAGCAGGAGGAAAGGGAAAUGCAGGAGGAGCAGAGUAGGUUUAUGGGUUCAAGCUCAACAAGCAAACCAUUAUCAUCCCCGCCAGAGACUGGCCUUCGCGCCUUAACCCUUAAUAAACCCACAGAGAACAAGGAAGAGAAGCCGAACGAUCCUCCCCCUCCGAUGUCCAGACGCCAGCAACUCCUCCAUGAACUUUGCGGGGAACCGGAUGAUUUUCCGCCAAGCGAGUCGAUUGAUUCCCCUUCAAUACCCAAGCGCCAACAGCUCAUUCACGAUCUUUGCGGGGAGCCAGACGAUUUCACGCCAUCCCCCAAGCAGAAAGAUCCGCAUCUGUUGCGAAAGUGUGAAGAACUUGUUCACGAUUUGUGCGAGGAGCCGGAUGACUAUUUGGCCCAGAGCAUGAUGCUGGACGGCGACCUGGAGGAGGAGCAGAUGCAUGGGCUUACACAGCGGACCGCAGCCAGCGAGGUGGAUGAUGAUGAUGAUGACUUGGAGGGUCUGCUGGCGGACAUCGAGAACGAACACCAGCAGAUGCAGGGCCGCAGGUCAGAGUUCAAUGGCUACAGCUACAAGGAUUUGGAGGCAGUUAAGGUGAAGGAGAAGCCAAAGGAGAUGCCAGCGAAUAUUACCUUGGAUGACGAUGGCUUUCCCGAAUACGAUGAGGAAAUGUUCGAGCAAAUGCACUCCCAGGCUGCAAUUAAAAACACCAGUCGAAGUGACGGCCCCAGCAGCAGUAAAAGCGUUGUGCCGGCCAAGCUCUCCAGUGCCCCAGAUUCCCAAAAGCUGUCCGGCAAUUUCCACUCCAACGUGCACAACGAUGGUAUCACAGGAGAGUUCGAUGGCCAGAAGUUUGAGCACUCCACUCGCCUCAUGCAUGGCCUGAGCUACAGCUUUGGUCUAAAGAGUUUCAGACCCAAUCAGCUGCAGGUGAUCAACGCUACCCUUUUGGGCAAUGAUUGCUUUGUCCUGAUGCCAACGGGUGGAGGAAAGUCGCUGUGCUAUCAGCUGCCUGCUAUCCUGACCGAGGGAGUCACCAUUGUGGUUAGUCCGCUGAAGUCGUUGAUCUUUGAUCAAAUCAACAAACUGGCUUCUCUGGAUAUCUGUGCGAAGAGUCUAAGUGGGGAACAAAAAAUGGCCGACGUGAUGGCCAUCUACAAUGACUUAGAGUGUCAACCACCUAUGGUCAAACUGCUCUACGUGACGCCCGAAAAGAUCAGCAGCUCCACCCGCUUCCAGGACACGCUAGACACCCUGAAUUCCAACAACUACAUAAGUCGAUUCGUUAUAGACGAGGCGCAUUGUGUUUCGCAGUGGGGUCAUGACUUCCGGCCGGACUACAAGAAGCUUGGAGUCCUGAAGAAGCGUUUCCCCAACGUUCCAACGAUUGCCUUAACAGCCACAGCCACUCCGCGCGUUCGUUUAGACAUUCUGGCGCAGCUAAAUCUGAAGAACUGCAAGUGGUUCUUGUCCAGCUUCAACAGGAGUAAUUUGCGGUACAGAGUGUUGCCCAAAAAGGGCGUCUCCACGUUGGAGGAUAUUAGUGGCUACAUUCGCACCAAGCCGGCGCACUCCAGCGGCAUAAUUUACUGCCUUUCCCGCAAAGAGUGCGACGAGACGGCCAAAAAGAUGUGCAAGGAUGGCGUCCGAGCGGUGGCCUAUCAUGCAGGUCUCACGGACACCGAGCGGGAGUCCCGACAAAAGGAUUGGCUGACCGGAAAGGUGAAGGUGAUUUGUGCUACCAUCGCCUUUGGCAUGGGCAUCGACAAGCCAGAUGUGCGGUUUGUCUUGCACUAUUCUCUGCCCAAGUCUAUCGAGGGUUAUUACCAGGAGGCAGGUCGCGCGGGACGAGAUGGAGAAAUGGCCGAUUGCAUCUUGUACUACAACUAUUCGGACAUGCUCCGGAUCAAGAAGAUGCUGGACGCUGACAGAGCUCUCCAGUACAAUGUGAAGAAGAUACAUGUGGACAAUCUAUAUCGCAUUGUGGGAUACUGCGAGAAUCUCACGGAUUGUCGGCGUGCUCAGCAGCUGGACUAUUUCGGGGAGCACUUCACCAGCGAGCAGUGCCUGGAGAACAGACAGACCGCCUGCGACAAUUGCCUCAACAAACGAGCAUAUCGGGCGCUCGACGCCUUGGAGCAUGCCCGUAAGGCGGCGCGAGCUGUCAAGGACCUGUGCAGCGGCCGAUCCCGCUUUACACUUUUGCACAUAGCCGACGUCCUUAAGGGUUCCAAGAUCAAGAAGAUCAUAGACUUUAACCACCACAAGUCACCCCAUCAUGGAGCCUUAAAGGACUGGGAUAAGAACGACGUUCAUAGGCUGCUGCGCAAAAUGGUCAUAGAUGGCUUCUUAAGAGAGGAUCUGAUAUUCACAAACGAUUUCCCUCAGGCCUAUUUGUAUCUGGGCAAUAACAUUAGUAAGCUAAUGGAGGGCACGCCCUCCUUUGAGUUUGCCGUGACCAAAAAUUCCAAGGAAGCCAAGGCGACAGUGGCCACCGUAUCCGAUGGUGCAGCCAGCAAUAGUGCUGAUGGAAAGUCUGAAAUGCGGGAGGUUCACGAGCGCUGCUACACGGAUCUACUGGAUUUGUGCCGAUCCAUUGCCGGCCAGAGGAAUGUCACCAUGGCCAGUAUCAUGAAUAUUCAGGCCUUGAAGGCCAUGGCCGAAACACUGCCCCUUACCGAGAAGGACAUGUGCAGCAUUCCGCACGUUACCAAGGCGAACUACGAUAAAUACGGCGCCAGGCUGCUGCAGAUUACCAGCCAAUAUGCCUCCGAGAAGCUGUUGAUGCAGGCCCUAAUAGACGAGGAGGAGGAGGCGGCCGCCAAGCAGAGGCCCAGCACGUCGGGCCAGAGGCCCAGCACCUCGGGCUGGAACAACGACAGUGUGGACUGGGACAGGGCGGUGUCAUCGCAGGGCGGUGCCAACACAAGCGGUGGCAGCGGUUUCAACUCCUUCCGAGCGGGCAAGCGAAAAAAGAUCUACAAGGCGGGAGCCAGCAAGAGGUACAAAGCGAACACAACAUCGCCGGCGGCCAGGAAGACCACAUCAGCCAGGGGUCGAGGUGGCAAGGCGGGCGCCAAGCGAGCGGAAAGCACAGCUUCCACAUCAUCUGGCUGGAAAUCCAAGAGAACCGGAAAUAGCUUCGGCUUUGAUUUAAUGCCACUGCCAGGAUCAAAAUAAUGUUAGAUUAUUGGAUCACCUAUAUUAUUAUGGGUUGUUAACA